CCCAGGCACUGCUUUUCUCCACACCUCCCCUAAACACACCUCUCCCCUGCACAGCUUCCAUAGACACUGCUUUGCCCCAAACAGUUCCCUUUUACACAGAUUUCCCCUAGCACUGCUUUCCUCCACACAGCUCUCCUUCAAACAACUCUCCCCCAACAGCUUUCCUCCACACAGCUUCCCCCUCCCCCUGCACAGCUCUCCUUUCGUGCAAAGCCAGCUAUUAACUUCAGGUUAAAGCAAGUCCUGUAAGUAGAAGUGAACAUUUUCAAAAGAAAGGAAAAUGAAACAAAAGAGCCUGCGAGACAGGGGUAUUAUUUGAAUGGCAUAGUUUAUAUUUUAUUGCAACAUUUUUUUCCCCUGUUCCUAUUCAUAUUCUGCUUUAUGUCACACUCCAAAAAGAGGCUUGAAACACAAACUGUCUCCGCCUACAAAAGGAAGGGCUUCUAUGCUAUUGAUUAAGAGGUUUCUAAGUUCCGGUUUCUUUUGACAUACAGCUGCGUGGGAGGAGAUAGGCAUGGUCAUAUGAUGUCGGGAUCUUGGAGUUGUGUGCUGAGGCCGUCACAUCAUUUUUUCUUUUUUUGCUUUGCAAAUCUCCUGCCAUUAAGAAAAUUACGGGGAUAAUCAUCUCUAUAUGUGCCAGUUUUAGAUGCCAUUGGAGUGGUUUGACUUGCCAGUUUCUUACAGACCACAAAUAGUCACACUUUAGUUCCUAACUUCUGAUCAGGAUGCUGAACGUCCCAUCCCCGGCGUUCCCUGCUCCCAGCUCCCAGCAGAGAGUUGCCACAAUUGGGAGAAGCAAGGUACCAUUGAAGCCUGGCAGGAGUCUUAUGGAUUGGAUCCGACUUACAAAGAGUGGAAAAGAUUUAACAGGGCUGAGGGGAAGACUUAUUGAAGUAACUGAAAAAGAGCUUGCACAGCAUAAUAAGAAGGAGGACUGUUGGAUUUGCAUUAGGGGAAUGGUUUAUAAUAUUACUCCAUACAUGGAGUAUCAUCCUGGAGGAGAAGAGGAGUUAAUGAAAGCAGCAGGGAUAGAUGGCACUGACCUUUUCGAUCAGGUUCAUCGUUGGGUCAACUAUGAAUCAAUGUUGAAAGAAUGUUUAAUCGGAAGAAUGGCUGUAAAACAUAUUUCUAUAUCCAAAGAGGGGACAUCUGUGGAAAAUAAAGUGAAUAAACAUUUAAACGGGUCUGUUGCUUCUAGUGAACUGUCAAGAACCAGUAGCAAGGAAUCUAAUCCUAGGUAUGAUUGGUUCCAGACAGAAUCCUUGGUUACUAUUACAGUGUACACCAAGAUGAAGAAUAUUUGCUCUGAGUUGGUCAUCGUUGAUCUUCUAGAAAAUACACUAAGAGGAGAGCUAAUUAUUGGAGACUAUUCAUAUCUUUUACUUUCUGAGCUAAGUCACACUGUACAGAAAGAUAUUGAGGUGAAAAUUAAUGCAAAAUCGGGUAAAAUAGAAAUUACAAUGAAGAAGAAAGACCCUGUUUUAUGGAAGUCUUUGGGACAGCCUCUGGAUGGUCAUAACUCUUUUCUGAAACGUUCCCAAAGAGGUCUUUAUUAUAGAAAGUGCAGACUGGCUUCCAAAACAGACGUCAAUUACAAUACAAAGUUAUUUUGCUUUCAACUUCCUCAGGGCUGUCAUCUUCAAGUGCCUGUGGGACAUCACAUUUACCUCAAGAUGAAUAUUUCAGGUGUGGACAUAGUGAAGCCAUAUACACCAGUGACAAGCUGUUUAUUGCCGGAUGCCCAAUACUUACCUUUUUGUGAUAAACAGUGCCUGCACCUAAUGAUAAAAAUUUAUCCGAAUGGAAUAAUUACCCCACACAUUGACAGCUUGACAGUAGGUGACUAUAUAUCUAUAAGCAAUCCCCAGGGCACAUUUAGCACUUCCCAGGUUGAAGACGUGAUGGAUGUCUUUCUUAUAGCAGCGGGGACAGGCAUAACACCAUUUGUUAGAUUGCUGCAGCACGUUUUAACUUGUGUUUCUAGUCUUAGAAAAGCAAAGUUGAUUUUCUUUAACAAACAAGAAGAAGAUAUUUUAUGGAAAGAACAAGUGGAAGAACUGAGUUUAGCAGACAAAAGGUUUGAGGCUCAGUUUAUUCUAUCAGAGCCAAGUGUUAAAUGGACUGGACACAAGGGACAAAUAUCAUUUUCCCUACUUGCUGAAUCCAUAUUAAGGACUGAAGAAGGAUCAAAACGUAUCAUUUGCAUUUGUGGGCCAAAUGCAUUUGUCGACCAAGGAAUAAGGUUUCUACAGGACCUUGGAUUUUCCAAAGAAGUGUUUGUUUUCAGAGAGUAAAUGUUCUCCACUAACCAACACAAUUUAAUAUGACCAACUCGCCAAUCGAACUGGAAUUGUCUAUGCACUGAUGGUGCUACUCCAUUGUUUGGUAUAAACAAUAUUGCCCAGCUUUCUACUGUAAAAUAACUUGCAGAAAAAUACUUUAUUUUUAUAGGCAAUUUUUGUCAGACCAUCUAUGCUUCCUAUUACUGUUUUUGGUACCUGUCUUACAGAAACAAACAUGAUAAUUUUGGUACCUGUCUUACAGAAGCAAAUAUGAUAAUGAAUUCAUCUUUUCCUUGUUAGAAAUCGAUUUUAUUUCCUGUUAACUUAUUUCAUAAUUAAUAUUUGAAGGUACACUAUUUGGUCAAAGUAUGUGGACACCCCUUAUAAUUAUAUGGAUUGGCUAAGCUACAGUUAAUAACUCCAUGCACAGUGUAUGGUCCUAAUUGUGGGUUUGCUGAGGUCUUGGGGGAAUUGGCCUGCUCAAAGUUUUUACCUUAACCUAACUGAACUACUGGAGGAGGAAUUGAAAUUCUGAAUGGGAAGCCAAUUAAUACUCUAGUAGUGGCUGAUUGGAAGCAAAUCCCACCAAACCUAAGAGUACGACUGAUACAGCAGCAAAGGCAGGGCCAAUUUCAUAUUAAUACCGUUAGUUUUUACAGUGAUAUGAGUUUGCAGAUGAGAACAUAAUUUUAGCCAAGUAGUGUAUAUUUGAGACACAGAUUCAAUUUACUGUAUUUUCUGAAAACCUGCUUCAUCUCAUGAGCACUGGUUUGUUUUUUUGUAUGAAGCCUCAAAUGCAAUAAAAGUAUCUUGCACA